CGUUUUUACUAUAUUUAUUAACUGUAUUACAGUGUUCGAACGUAUUGAUAUUACACGAGUGACCACAAUGUCUCUUGUUAACGUUGACGUGUCUCUGAAUAAUAUUAUUUUUUAAGAAAUUUUUUACGCUGUGUGUCAAUUGAGGUUAAGAUAGGUCCAGUAUGGUGUACGAUGUGAUUGAAUAAAAUCCUCUAAACAUGCCGAAAUUUCGAAUGCUUCCGCGAACAUCGCGGAUCGUAGCAUUGUGCUCUGCCGCGAAUUUUAUAAACGCAGCGGAUCGUGUUAUAAUGCCUAUAGCAAUUGUCCCGAUGACCGACCAGUUUAAAUGGAAUUUACAUUGGCAAGGUUGGAUACUUUCUGCUUUCGCCUUCGGUUAUUUUACUAGUCAGAUUAUUGGUGCGAGUACAGCAAGUCGGUUUGGAUGUAAAACGGUACUAAUGUUAGCAGUGUUAUUGUGGUCUAUUAGUACAGUGAUAACCCCAAUUCUAGCACAAUCAGUUCCAUUGCUCAUCAUCUGUAGGGUAAUUUUAGGGCUGGGAGAAGGUCUAGGUCUACCUGUUAUUUUUCAUUUGUUUGCUCAUAAUGUUCCUGUAGAGGAAAGGUCUCGUGCCUUUGGGUACCUUGUAGCUGCUGGUUCAGUUGGACAAGUAGUUGCAUCUGUUCUAUGUCCACAUUUAUCAUGGCAAACAGGUUUUUAUUUAUUUGGAUCAAUUGGUAUUAUAUGGACACUUUUAUGGUUAAUACUUUACCAUGAAACAAAUUCUCAGGAUGAAAUUCCUUUAUUCGUACCUAAGGUAACGCAAAAUAGGAGUUUACGUUGGACUGAAUUUAUUUCACAUUGGCCUUUGUGGGCAUUGUACAUAGCACAUUUUGCAAUGAAUUGGAGUAACUACAUAAUAAUGCAAUGGUUGCCAACUUACCUGGCACGAAAUUUGUCUGCUAACAAAGAAAGUAUUAGUUUGACAGCACUUCCAUAUAUUGUGAACUCCCUUGUUGGGAUUGUUGCUGGACACAGUGCUGAUAAUCUUAUACAGAAAAGGUGGACUGUCUUGUCUGUAAGGAGAUUAAUGACAAACAUAGGUCUAGUAGGCCCAGGUGCAUUUUUGUUAGCAUUUUGUGCUGUGGAUAAUUUACUUGCUGCAGUGAUCUUCGUUUCAAUAUCCAUGGGCCUUUGUGCGUGUAAUUCUGCUGGCCACCUUAGCAAUCAUGCAGACAUAGCACCAAAUCAUGCGGGAAUCACAUUUGCGGUUUCUAAUACUAUUGCUACCAUACCCGGUAUUUUAUGUGGUCCACUAACCGCUGAGUUAGUGACAGCGUCGCAUGGUCGUUGGAUGCCAGUUUUCGUAUUGGCCGCGGCAAUUAAUUUCACAGGGGCCAUCAUAUACCAAAGUCACAGUUCUGCACUUCCAGUAUUGUGAUAUGCUCCUUUUGAAGACAAGUUCGCAAGUGUUUAUUGUCAGAGUCAGGAAAAUUAUACGAUCGAUAAAAACUUGCUGUGAAAAUGUACCUUUGAAUCGUGUUUAUUAUACACGACUUUUUAAAAACAAAUUUUGACCAUGGCCAUGGAGCACCAGCAUGGCACGUUUAUACAUCACACACCAGUUAGCUAAAAACAUAUCAAGAUGCAGGGCAUGUACACUAAGGAAGUUUCAUACUCUCGUCACUUAACCCUUUAACGACCAGUGUUGCAUCGGUGCAACACUGAAUUUAAAAGUGCGUAAAAUUCAGUCGCCAAUUAAUAUCUAACGUUUGUCACCACGGAUGCAUAGUUUCACUAAUGUGAAGUAAAUCUCCACGUUUUCAGUUGAGAAAU